AUGAAGUUCUUCAUCACCUUUGCUGCUCUUGCCUGCCUCUUCACCGUCGUCCUUGCAGACUUUGCCACCGUCCUCAAGGACAUCGACGAUGUCAACGCCAAGCUGAGCACGCUCAACAAGCGGCUGCAGGGCACCGACGGUACCGACUACUUCGCCGACCUGGCCAUCACCGGCGACGUCGACAACCUGGUCAAGUCGCUCGACACGGCCACCAAGGACUUUGGCGCCAUCGACACGGUCUCGGUCGACCAGGCCGACCAGGUGCUCGACAAGCUCCAGACGUCCAAGACGACGUCGACGGCCACCGUCGACCGCCUGAUUGCCAUCAAGCCCGGCUUCCAGAAGGCCGGCGUCGUCGGCCUCGUCCAGAGCAACGUCAACAAGCUCGCCACCUCGGUCAACGGAUUCGCCGACGCCGCCGUCGCAAAGACGCCCGCGGAGAGGAAGACGCAGGCUCAGAGCCUCCGCGACUCCAUCGUCGGCGACAUCACCCGGGCUCAGAAGGCGUACGCCUGA